AUGGCGAGGACUAGUGGCAGUGUCACCUCGCUUCACGCUGCAAUCGUUCCUCUAGAACCGAUUGCUCCAGAUGUCAAGACCAAACCACACAAUACGAACCAUGCAAGUACCACCCCCGCUCACUCCGCGUCAAUUCUCGGUCAAGAUGUCGAUACCGCUGUGCCAACCGACCCAGACGUUUCGGCUCCGUCACAAUCUCUGGGUAUCUCCAAGAUCAGAGGUGUGACUGUUAUCGUCACGUUGGCAGGCAUCAGCUUUCUCAACACCAUGGGCUCUGGCAUUCUAAUUGCUGCCCUGCCAAGGAUCGCCGAUGACGUGGGUCUCGGGGAAAGUCUCAUCCUGUGGCCUGCAGCCGUGUAUGCACUCGCAGCCGGUUGCCUACUCCUCAUCUUCGGUGCCAUUUCUGAUGUGAUUGGCGCCAAGUUGAUGUGGGUAACAGGCAGCUAUCUCUUCGUCGCCUUCACGCUGGCGGUUGGUCUCGCUCAAACCGGGAUCCAGAUCAUCGUCUUUCGAACCCUACUUGGAGCAUCUAUUUCGAUGUGCUUACCCACCGCCGUGAGCUUAAUCUCGAACACCUUCCCGAGAGGAAACUGGAGAAACAUUGCUUUUGCCAUGAACGGUAUGGGCAGUCCCUUGGGCUAUGCUCUCGGCUUGGUUCUUGGAGGCAUCUUCACUGAUACAAUCGGCUGGCGAUGGGCUUACUACAUGAUGGCCAUCAUUAAUUUUUGUCUCUCGACUUGUGCUAUUUGGUCUCUGCCGUCCGUUCACACCGAAUCUGAGCGAAAGUGGACCGGCAGGCUGAUGCACGAGAUUGACUGGGUUGGUGCUACGACUAUGAGUGUGGCGCUUGGCAUGCUCUUAUACGUGCUUGCCAUGAUAUCGUCCUCCUACAAAAAGCUCAGCGACGCAUCCAACAUUGUUCUCUUGACAACCGCCAUCAUCUUGUUAAUCGCAUUCCCUUUCUGGAUGAACUAUCAAGUCAAGCGCGGGAAACCAGCCCUGAUCCCAAAUGAUCUCUGGAGAAACAGGUCCUUUACCUCAGUGUGCAUUGCCGUCUUUCUUUGCUGGGCAUCGUUAAACGGCAUAGAAUAUUUUACCACUUUGUAUUUCCAAAAGGUCGAAGGUCUAUCCGCCUUGCAGAGCUCGCUACGAUUCUUGCCCCAUGUCAUCAUGGGUGUCGCAGUCAACAUCAUCACUGGGUUGCUCAUCGCACGUGUCAAAGUGCGCACUCUAGCCGUUGUCACGGCACUCAUCACCAUGGUGGCCUCGCCUCUGAUGGCUACAGUCGAUGUUGGUGAAAACUAUUGGCUUGCACCGUUUUGGGCCAUGUUUCUCUCACCUGUUAACCCAGAUGAUCCAGUACUCUUCACCGUGUCUAACCUGGUCAUCUCUGAUGCCUACCCCCCAGAGAUGCAGUCUCUCGCCGGUGGUGUAUUCAAUGAAGUCGGGCAAUUUGGAAACUCUGUAGGGCUGGCCAUCACCGCCGCAAUCGCAGCAUCUGUCACAGAGCACUCUGGGAUCCAAGCACGUGAGGAAGCGUUGAUGAAAGGUUAUCGAGUUGCGUUUUGGACUAUCUUUGCCAGCUGUUCGGCUGUUACCAUUGUUGUUUGGUUUGGACUGAGAAAGGGUGGGGUUGUGGGCAGGAAACAGGAUUGA